UUCUAGGUUCAAGUCGAAUGGAUAAUGAUAAUGGUACACUCUAUAAACAUUCGACUGCUGAGAAGUGAAUUAAAACUAUUUGGCUUUGCACUUUGAUAAACCAUGGUAAUCCGUCUUCCCCACGACGAGUUUGACAUAGAAAACUACUCAAAGAACUACCCGAGUGACCCUCCACCAUUGACAUGGGAUCCGGGGAUGUAUCAGAUGCCCAUAGACAUCAUAACACGGGAAAUGUGGGGAGCUGUGGAACCAAAGGGAAACCCAAGAGAAAUGAAUUUGCCCAUAAGAAUUGUCUAUUACACUUACACCGACUCGGACCAGUGUAACACAAGAGAGGAAUGUUCAGCGAAUCUGAGAGCUCUGCAACAGAAACACAUGGAAAACGGCCACGAGGACAUUCACUUCAACUGGAUUAUCGGUGGUGAUGGGAACGUAUACGAAGGAGCUGGCUGGAACCAUGUCUACGACCCUAAGCGACCAGAAUACGAUGACGACGACAAGUGUGCCAUAGCCUGGAUAAGACAUGGAGAGGAUGAUGAAGACGAAAAAGCACAAAAAUUGAUUUGGAGAGGAUACGAUUUCUUGGAUUGGGCCUACCCAAUGGUCUAUUUGUACUAG